AUGGCCAGACUCAAUUAUCCUGAACGCCGUACUCAACAGGUUGGAAACCACCUUCGUCCUUCUUCGAAGAAUCACGUAGUUUCCAAGAACCCCGAUGAUGUGGUCAUUGUUGCUGCCUACAGGUCGGCGCUCACGAAAGGCAAGAAAGGGAGCUUCAAGGAUGUUGGUACAGACUACUUAUUGGUCAAGUUUAUCGAGGCAUUCCUCAGCAAGGAAGGAAUUGAUCCUACGAUCAUAGAGGAUAUUGCUUGUGCCAAUGUGCUCAAGGCACGUUCUGGAAUUACAGAACACCGUGUAGCUUCAAUUAAGGCUGGAAUUCCCGAUACCGUUCCAAUUGUUGCUAUUAAUCGUCAGUGUGCCUCUGGUCUCAUGGCCAUCGGUGACAUUGCCAACAAAAUCAAAACUGGCGAAAUUGAUUGUGGACUUGCCCUUGGUGUUGAGUCGAUGUCGAAGGAUCACGGACCAAACAAAUCCCGUCCAGAGAUUACCAGUAUCUACGACAAGGAUGCGACCAUGCAAAAAUGUGUGAUACCCAUGGGCAUCACCAACGAAAAUGUGGCCGAGCAACACAAAAUUCUGAGAGAAGUUCAAGACAAGUUUGCUGCUGAAUCUUUCACGAAAGCACAGCGGGCGCAGGAAUCGGGAGCCUUCAGAGACGAAAUUCUUCCACUUGAAACUAUCCUCAACGACAAAACUCUGAUCGUCGAUCAGGAUGAGGGUAUUCGUAAAAAUGUGACUGCUGAAUCUUUGAGCAAACUCAAGCCGGCUUUCAAGCUGGAUGGAUCCACUCAUGCCGGUAAUUCGUCCCAGAUCACCGACGGAGUUGCUGGAGUGCUUAUGAUGAGACGUUCAUUUGCCCAAAAGAAUGGUUAUCGCAUCAUUGGUAAGUUUGUUCUCCAUGUCUCUGUGGGAGUACCUCCCGAGGUUAUGGGUAUUGGACCAGCCUUGGCCAUACCUAGAGUGUUGCAGAAGACAGGACUCACAAUUGAGGAUGUGGAUAUUUUUGAAAUUAAUGAAGCUUUUGCUGCUCAGUGCAUUUACUCUCAGCAAGCGUGUAACAUUCCCGACCAUAAAUUGAACAUCAAUGGAGGUGCUAUUGCCUUGGGUCAUCCACUCGGAGCCACUGGUACUCGGCAAUAUGCCACCAUUUUGAGAAUUUUACAACCUGGACAGAUUGGAGUGACUUCGAUGUGCAUUGGUGGAGGAAUGGGUGCUGCCAGCGUAGUUGUUAAAGAGUGA